AUGUCAUAUCCACAAUUUGGAUAUCCCUAUUCGUCUGCUCCACAAUUCCUGAUGACAACCAACUCUCUGACCACUUGCUGCGAGUCCCCCGGCAGAUCUAUAGCCGACUCUGGAGUAGCGGCGUCCGGGCAGACACCAGUGUACUGCCCAGUGUACGAGAGCCGGCUGCUGGCAACGGCGAGACAUGAACUGAGUUCAGCCGCCGCGCUGGGCGUGUACGGGAACCCCUACACCAGUGGUCAAGGAUAUGGGAAUUAUGUUACAUACGGCACGGACGCCUCGGCUUUCUACUCGCUGGGUACAUUCGAUACUAAAGAUGCCACAGCUUCUGCGCAUGCGGGAAUAACCCAGGCAACAGCCUACUAUCCAUAUGAUCCUACACUGGGACAGUAUCAAUAUGACAGAUAUGGUUCCAUGGAUGGAGGAACAAGGCGGAAGAACGCCACGCGUGAGACGACUAGCACACUAAAGGCCUGGCUGCAGGAACACAGAAAGAACCCGUACCCAACUAAGGGCGAGAAGAUCAUGCUGGCCAUCAUCACCAAGAUGACCCUGACGCAGGUGUCCACGUGGUUCGCUAAUGCCAGGAGGAGGCUCAAGAAGGAAAACAAGAUGACAUGGCCGCCCAGAAACAAGGGCUCAGAGGAGAAGAGAUAUGACGAGGAUGAGGAUGGAUCUCAGGAGGAGCAGAUAAAAAGUGAAAACAAUGAGGAUGAGACCCGAAGUCGGGCUGAUAAGGACCUCCAGUUGAGCGACUUGGACGAUUUCGACACGCUGGAGUCUGAGAGCUCGGAGUGUGAGCUCAAGCACCGAUACCACAUGAACACACACAUGACAACGACGACCGACUGCCCCACUGAACACCUCAUCAAGGACUCGUCUCUGAAAAUAUCCAUCCCCGUCUCCCUCGGGGGUGAGCAGGACUUGAGCAAAAGUUGUCUCAAAACGAACCCGGAGGAUUUCCAACCGGACAGCAGACAGCAGGCAAAGGCGUGCUAUAACCAGCAGCAGCAACAACAGCAGCAACAACAAGGGCACCAGAUAUUAGACGGCAAACCUCGGAUCUGGUCUUUGGCUCAGACUGCGACGUCCCUGAACCAGACUGAGUACCCGUCCUGUAUGUUGAGGUGCCAGCCGCCGCCUUCCUCCCUCACCCCGUCCCCAGCCGCUACCUCACCCGUGGCCGGCCUGGACAACAGGCAGGACUCGCCGGUCACAACCCUGAGAAACUGGGUGGACGGGGUUUUCCACGACCCCUUGUUCAGGCACAGCACUUUGAGCCAGGCUCUGACCAACACCACCGUCUCUUGGACCACGAACACCAAAGGCGCCAUUCUGGAGGCGGAGAGGAGCGCGGCGGCCUUGCAGCAGCAUCAAGACUCCUCCAAAGACAGUGCCAUGAGUUUCCCAAAAACUAUCAACAAACUGUUUUGUUCCUAA